AUGCCUAUGGGAAGCUUGUCUGCUCUCUUACACGGUUCAGUUAAGACCUUGAAUAUGGUGGAUAGGCUAUCAACUGACAAGAGUGUUAUCCAACAUCAGAUUUUGCAGGACACAUCAAGUAGCAGUUUUCUUGGCCCUUUGUGUGGUAAUACUGCUUUUUCUGCAAGUUCUAACAUCGGAGGCUAUGAACAUGCAGCUGAAUCUCCAACUCCAAGGUCGUACCAUUCACAUACGGAUAUUCUAAGCUCCGAAAAGGUUUCUCAUGUUUCACCAAGUCGAAUUUUGCAUGAUGAUUUUGAUACUCCUGCAAGCGUAAGUUACAGAGAGCAAGCUUACAACCAAUGCAGAAGAGGCUCUUUCUCUUCUUCUCCUAGCACAACUUGGGACUUGUCACCAUUUGAUGAAGCAAGAAAUGCAAGCUGCAGCGAAUUCUGCCAUCGCCCUGCCAUGUCUGAUUUGCUUAACGAGAGAAACAGAGGGCCUAGGGCUUCUAGGCUCAACGGUAAAAGUAAAAUGACCACUUAUGAUCACACUGAUCAACAAGUUCUGCUCUCUCAGUUCAGGGACGCAAAGUUCUUCGUUAUUAAGUCAUAUAGCGAGGAUAAUGUCUACAAGAGCAUAAAGUAUUGUGUCUGGGCAAGCACUAAAAACGGAAACAAAAAGUUGGAUGCCGCCUAUCGUGAAGCAAAGACUAAAGAAGUGGCAUGCUCAGUCUUUCUGUUGUUCUCGGUAAAUUUUGUACAGCAAUCCCUCUCAGGCUUUAUCUAUGUAUUUCUAGCUCAACCCGUUGAGUUUUGA